GUCGUCGGCAUCGCUCGCUGCCGCCGACGGCGGCGGCGGCGGCGCUCGCUCUCUCUCUCUCUCUCUCUCUCACUUGCUCGCUCGCUCGCUUCUCACUCGCGCGUAAUCGGCGGGAGGAGGCGCCGCGUAGGAGCGCUCGAGGUGGCGCGUGUCCGGGUAGCGCAGUCUACCGUUGACCGUUAACCCUUUCACAUACGGAGGGGUGCGUGUCGAGGGACGUUCGCGAGGGACUCCAUCCCCAUCCCCGGGAGUCUCGGGCGAGUUUCUCGGGCUAUUUUCCUUCCUCCACGAUGAACGGAAACGCGAAGAACGAGCGGCCACAGCACGUCGACGACAUCGACGCCACCUCCCUCGGCGCCGACAUUCUCAACCCCUUCGUGCAUCGGCUCGAGCUCGGCUCGACCUACGAGAAGCUCAAGACUGUAUUCCUGACGAUCGCCCUUCUACCGUUUAGGCUAGCCGCAAUCACGACUUUGAUGAUCCUAGCGUGGUUAUUGGCCUGCUUUGGUCUGCAUGGAAUAUCUGAAGAGGAUCUUCGACGAGCUCCUCUGAAAGGAUGGAGACGAGACAUGCGCGUGGUGAUCUGCUGGAUGAUGCGGGCGUUAUUUAUCUGCGGUGGAUUUCAUCACCUGAAGGUCAAGGGCCGGAAAGCGGAAACUAAGGAUGCACCGGUGUUGGCUCUCGCCCCACAUUCCAGCUUCUUCGAUGCACUUCCGGUUGUGUACCUUGGCGGGCCUAGCAUCGUUGCCAAAGGGGAGAGUAGCCGUCUCCCUUUCUUCGGAAAACUCAUCAACUACACACAACCGGUCUACGUGUGGAGGGAAGAUCCGAAUUCUCGUCAGAAUACUAUCAAAGAGAUCAUUGAAAGGACUACUUCCAAGGAAGAUUGGCCACAAGUUAUGAUAUUUCCCGAAGGUACCUGUACAAACCGGUCAUGCUUGAUUACGUUUAAAUCAGGCGCCUUUUAUCCCGGUGUGCCGGUACAACCUGUGUGCAUCAGAUAUCCCAACAAAUUAGACACGGUAACGUGGACAUGGGAAGGUCCUGGCGCAUUGAAAUUGUUAUGGUUGACGUUAACGCAGUUAAAUAGCAGCUGUGAAAUCGAAUUUCUUCCUGUUUAUAAUCCGAGCGAAGCGGAAAAACUGGAUCCCAAAUUGUAUGCAAAUAAUGUACGACGUCUUAUGGCAGAAGCGUUGAAAAUUCCUGUUUCGGAUUAUACAUAUGAUGAUUGCCGAAUCAUUAGGAAGGCCCAUCAGUUACACUUGCCGCAUGCGUCUAAUAUCGUAAAAAGCCAUAAACUUCGGUACAAAUUAGGUUUAGUGGCAUCGAAAACGGAAGAAGAACUUGUUCAGAAGAAGAUGAACAACUUUGGCGAAGUAAAUUUGCAAGAGUUUGCGCAGAUCCUCAGAUUGGAUGAUAAGGAUCCAAUCACUCAACAAUUGUUUCGCAUUCAUGAUAAGUUUGGACAGGGUAAGAUCGAUCUUGAGGAAUAUAUCUUCACCGUGCUGGCGACGGCGAACGCGUCUUCGGAACUAGACAAGGUCGAGAUUGCAUUUGACAUAUGCGGCUCGAAAACAGCAACAUGUUUAACUCAAUCGGAACUCAGAAAAGCCUUGAGGUUAUCGAUACGUAUGCAGCCAGAGGAAUCUGACAAGAUCUUUCAGCAGGCCAGAAAUGUUGAUAAUGCUUGCACAGUCAGCUUUGACGAUGUUCUGACGCAACUAUCGAACCGAACGGAGUAUGCACAUUUAUUCGCUGCGAAUAACGAAAGCUCAAAGAAGGCCAUUUGAAAGUGUCUUUUAGAGCCCGAUGCUUCUUCUAGAGAACAUCGAGGCAGGCCUUUCCUUAGUCCUAUCUGCUCCACUCCUGUAUGAGAAACGUAUUCAAGGUGCUUUGAGGCUUUUAAAGCAAAACUAUUUUGUCGUCUUCGGAAGCUGCAGUUGCAUGCAAGCGGCAAUUUAGACAGCUAGCCCACGUCUUUUCUAUAAUCCUGUAAAUUAGAAAAAGUCAAGAAUUUAGCGGCUUAGAAUUUUAGGAGCCUAAAAUUCUAAGAUUCGAGGAUUCUAAAUGAUUUUAGAUUUGAUUAUUUACGAGGAUUAAUUUAGGAUAUAAAAAUCCAAAGAUACGCGACGUAUCCUAGACUCUGAGAGUUUAAAGACUCGAGUUGUAUCUUCUUCGAAGAUUCCACGACCUUCGACCUUUGGUUGGACAUCGAGAUUUGAAACUCGAGAGACUCGCAUGAAGAGUUUGGAAAAGGAAAAGCCUAAGGAUCUGAAGAAGUAACCAUUUUAGUAACUGUACAUUUGAAGAUAAGUUAGAACAUGGAAAUUCGAAGAUCCUAUGAGGUUUAUUUCCAAUUGAAGAUCUACAAGUGUCAAAAUAUGAAGAAGGAAAUCUUGCACUUUUUGAUGUACAGUACACAUUAUAUAGUAUACAGUUAAGUGAUCAUUUAGCUUCUUAUUAGCUCGAAGGGAUCCAAGUGUCCAUGACGUAAGCUUGGAUGCGCAUUUAGAGGAAAAGGAGGGCAGGUAACGACAUAAUUUAUUUUUCGACUCGAUGGUUCGCGAUAUUUGGUGCACAUGUACAGACAUGUGAUCACGUACGGAGAUAUACAUAUACGCUAAAUUGUGUACAUACUUGUUGCACACUAUGAACCAGCAUGUAUGUAAACACACACACACACACACACACAUAUAUACAUACACACACAUGCGUUAAGAGUAGACGAAGAGAUUGUGCGAAUCGAUCGUGUAUACCAUCUGUGUAUGCGCGCGCAGGUGCAUUCAUGUGUGUAUGUGUUUGCGUACGUAUGUAUAUAUAGAAAGGAAAAUGUGUAUGUGUGUAUAGUCAGAUUGUCCACUUUGUAAUAUCUGUAUAUGAACAAAAUGGCCAAAGUUGAACAACGCGCAAUUAUUAGUGGUCAUUCUGAAUUGAAAACAAAUAUGUUGAGUUAGAGAACAUUUUAUUACAACAUAUGUUGAAAUAACAGUAUUUGUUGAACCGAAACUUUUGCUUUUAGUGCGUUAUUAUACCGAGAUGAUAAUUUUUAGCCAAAGAAACUGCUUAUAUAUUUCGUUGAAUGGAUAAUAUACACGCGCUGUUAACAUUUAUGUAUUUAAAAUAAUCUUAUGUUUUAUAAUAUUUUUAACAAAAAAUUUAUUAGGGAUAUUGUAUGCGUAGAUAAACUGACAGCACAUAAUACAAAGUUUUAGCAGUGCAAAGAACAUAUAUUUCUAUCAAUGCAGAUUAAUCUCUGUUCAACUUUAUUCUUUUUCUAAUUUUAAUUAGAAAGAAUAAAUUAAACUGAGAUUAAAUUUAAUCUACAUUGUUAAAAAUGGGUAUUAGACGAAUUGAUUUAUACGGCGACGUGAAAAACAAAUGCAACACACAGCGGUGGCGGGUAAAGUAUCUACAAAUUUAGUUUAAAGAUACAAAAAUUUCAAAACGUAUAAGCAGUGGCUUAAAGAUACAAAUUAUUUAAAAAUUUCUACGUCAUUUUGAGAAAUGUAUGAAUGAUCUGUUUGUUUUCGUAAUCCUAUCUCCAUCCAUCUCUGGUUAGAAAAAUAAAAAGCAAAAGCAAUAUA